GCAGUUCUGUUGGAUCCGAGUUCUCCCCUAUCAAACACCUCACAUCGACUUUCAUGACCUCCCAAAAGUGCCGUCUCUGGAGCUUGAGCUUUCACAAUUCUACGACGACUAUUUUCCGUAUAUAACACCAUCUAAUAAUCAUGAUAGACCCUAGCAGCAAACCGAAAUGCAUCCAUGAGACUCAGUAACAGUGCAAAUGACGGUGAGACUCACCUGGAUUACCCAAUAAGCUAUUCCCACGACACCUUCUCCUCGACGUCAACACUCAUUCAUCAAUGCCAAGGUCCCUUCACUGCCGCAUUACCCGUCCUACGAGAAGAUCAGCGUCAACACUCCUGCUCUGCCUUCACCCAGCCAUUGACGCUAAGUCGCACAGAGGUCUCCUCCAAAGUUUGCUUAUCGCCAUCGCAUCACCUCGAGGCUCAACGUCAACGUCGCAUGGAGGUCUCCUUGGACGCUUCACUUCCCAACAUGGCCUCUUGCGGUACAAGGGCCAAGAAGAUCUCAGGGUUAUCGCAUGCAACCAUCAGGCAUGGUUUUAGUGGUUCUAGCAGGCACUCCAAAGUGGUAGCGGCUGGUAAACAAAAUGAGCGCUUGGAGGAGGUAAACCAUAAAAGACAGCAACAACUGCAAGAAAUGACAUCAACUGAGCGAGACAUGGUUGAAACCAUGAUGAUGGAUAAUGGGUUCGACACUGACUUAACACCAUAUACAGCACCCCCAGGCGAGGAAGGACUGGACCUCAGUUAUGAGGGUGGGGAACACAAGGUGUUCAAUGGUCUCUCACAGCACGCUGUGUCGUUAUCUGGUUGUUGUUAUGUGGACCCUCGCACUCGCCAUGAUCACAUUGAGGUCCAGACCGAACAUUGGAAUACUCAAAUUGACUGCCUGGUCAAUGAGUAUCUAGACUAUCGUGAUCGUGACAGAGGUGAUGGCAUGCCAAGUUGUUUGCCACUAUAUCCAACAGUCACUAUCUCAUUACGAAACUCUCGCCACAUACUGCCAAUCUCACCUGGACAUGCCCUUGUUUUAGUGUCCAAGCACAGUGCAAGACUCUGUGCCAUCUUCACAAUAUUCCUUACCGCAGCAUAUCUCAACAUGCAAUUUUCUGCGGCAUAUGACAUGUAUCUCGAGAUACUUCAUUGCAUGAAGACUCGCCUCAAUGCUGCUCUUGGACGAGACACUCCCAACUGGCGGCUUCUCAAUUCUUAUUAUUGGAUCGACCAAGUGACCGUCAAUAAAUUUCAGAACGAAGUCCGUGCACAGACCUCAAACCAUCCCAGACAAGAUGACUGGGGUGAUGUUCCGUCCGAGAUGGAAGGAUCCGAAUUUCGGUGCAUGGACAGAUGGAGAAAUGCUGGCCCUGAGCAACCCUGUCAGCACCGGUUUGUGCUUCUUGCUUGCAAUAUGGUUCAGAGUGGGGAACUGGCAAAAUAUCCUUUGGCCCUCCUCAAUCAUUUGAUGCCCGUCUUGGGUGAAAAUGGAGGUUGUGCUUAUGACAUUGGGUGUGCAUUUGCCAAGACACUGGCAAGCAGUAGUUUGGGACCCCGUGCCCUCGCCCUCAAUUUGCGGAUGAUGGUGGGUGCUUUCCACGGGCAUGCUCAUAAUCGGCGCUGCCAGUUGGAUUGGCACCCCAUGUACAUUGACGGCACUGGGCAUACCAAGGGCGAGGGGUGUGAGCACGUAUUCGCAUCCUCAAAUGAGCUUGCGCGAAGUACGAGGCACGCAUCCACAUUUCACCGACACCAGACCAUUGAGGAACAUUUCUCAUUCUGGGAUGAAGAUAAAUAUGCCGCAUUGAGCACUUUCUUGCGGAACCAUUAUCGAGAAGGACUAACAGCGUACCUCGACAGCCUAAAGGAACCGCCCCCAAAAGAACUUCUCCAGAUCCGAUAUGUUGAACUCCUGCGUGAAUUGGCCGAGCGACGAGCAGAAUGGCAACUGGCACAAGAGGCUGCCAACCAAGCACUAACAACUAUUGCGGCUGGUGAUCUAAGCCGUAUUUCGGCUGCCCUUACUCAGGCCAGGAUUCGCAUUGACAGCGCAUAUACUAAAUUACAGAAUGCGGAAGCGUUUACGGCUCACAUAGAGAUUCAACUCCGGAUCAGGGAAUGUUGGGUGGUCAGCAGAGAAGCUUACAAUCAAUACAAGCAACAGGCAUCUCAGCGUAAAUAUCGCGCUGCUUUAGAUGAACUGGAACACUUAGUCGUCAUGCAGGUUAUUCGAACUCUCAAAGCUAUCACUUUCUGGAACGGUAAUCACAAGGCUACAAACUACUGCCAACAGAUUGGAAAGGCUUUGCAGCGCCGUUCUGAUGCUAUCCAAAAUGCACUCAACCAGUACAAUGUGCAGGCUGCUGCACUCGAUCCUCCACGUCUGCAGUUGUCUUGGAAAAAUAUCACUGAGUAUAGUUUCUUGGGCGAGUUUGAUUUACUCUGUCAUUCACGCACAGACAUUCGUGAGCUCGACUGGAUGAAGCCUGCCCAUAGGGAAGCAACAGUGAAGUAUUUCAAACUCUGUCACGCUCAUGAGGAGAUUGUGCGGCUUAAUGUCGAAAUCUGCCGAUUACGCACAGCCAUUCAUGAUGAAGGCAUUCAAAUGACUGCAGUCAUCGCUGAUCUUCUAGUUUCGAACCCCCCAUUAAGCCGCGAGCUUCAAAGGCAAUGGCAAGCACGCGCAGCUGUCAACGCCGUGCAUGUUUUGCGGUUGGAUCAGCUCGCACUUCAACCAAGCUUUUCGGGUACUAGAAUCAUUGGCAACCACGUUGGUGCUGUCGCGACAACUGAGCUCGAGACUGACUCUAUUCCACAUACGGCCAGGGAUGAUGCUUCUAUCCCCACAGAAGAUCGUGUCACUCACGAUAUCAUCACUUCAGAGCAUGCUGAUGAGGGUAUACUAGAGCAUGAGGAGCAAUUAUAG